AUGGGAAGUCAGAAUACACUCCAGGUUCCCCAUUUGGGAGGAAUAACGGUGGGAUACCAGAUGCCACGGCCCUAUGACCCCUCCAAGCCAACCCUUCUGAUGAUCAAUGCGUUUACUAUGACCUCGGAGCUUUAUCGACCCCAAUUUGAGGACCUGGAGCUCAGCGGAGCGAUGAACCUGUUGGCAGUCGAGCUGCUGGGCCACGGUCGGACCAAAACGACACGUAGCCACUGGACAUACUGGGACACUGCCGAGAUGAAUCUGCAAGUUUUGGAUGCUCUAGGAAUUGAAAGGGCAUUCGUGUUAGGCACAAGCCAGGGAGGGUGGGUGACGGUGCAAAUGGCAUUAAUGCGACCGGAUAAGAUCGAUGGUAUCAUCCCGAUGGGCACAUCCAUGGAUUCUGAAUCCGAGCGAAGCCGUCAAAUGCAGUGUUGGGAUGGACCGGCCAUCGUGAAGAGCUUUUUACUCCAGUGGGCCACCACUCAGCCGACGUUGAACUUCGACCCCGGGGAUGACUAUUGCGAUGCCGUCAUCGGCAUUGGAUUCAAUGAGUGUUCGUCGGAGGUGAGGGAAUUUUGGCGCCGGAUUAUUAAAACCACUUACCAGGGCGAAGAAGGCAGACAACGCAUUUGCAUGGCAGCAAUCAAUCUGGCCGCACGAGACGGCCUGCGCCUUCGAUUGCCGGACGUAGUCUGCCCAGUCCGAUGGUUGCAUGGAACGCAGGAUGCAGUGUUUUCAGUACGAAAUGCCGCAGAGGAAAUCCAGAUGUUUACAGGAUCGCCUGAUGCUCAAUUGAAGACGAUAGAGAACGGCGCGCAUUUCCUGAGUGCCUCGCACCCUGAAGAGGUUAACUCCGCUGUACUGAAAUUUGUUGUCAGUUGCAGACGCUAA